AUGACGGGAAUCCGCUGCGGACUCGCGUCGGGCAAUGAGUAUAGGAAAAGCUUCCACCUCUCCAGUAGCAUGAAAGAUGUUCCCAGAAACCCCUGCCAGUCCACCACUGUUCCCUACCUUUCUCUAAAUGGACUGCUGACAGAAGCCGCAGAAAGGGGAUAUGAGACCUUCUACUCAGAAUAUCCUGAGUGUUGUGUGGAUGUGAAACCCAUUUCACAAGAGAAGAUCGAAAACGAGAGAGCCCUCAUCAGCCAGUGUGGAAAACCACUGCUAAAUGUCAACUACAGGCCAGCUUAUGACCAGGGUGGUCCAGUUGAAAUUCUUCCCUUCCUCUACCUUGGAAGUGCCUACCAUGCAUCCAAGUGUGAGUUCCUCGCCAACUUGCACAUCACAGCCCUGCUGAAUGUCUCCCGGCGGACCUCCGAGGCCUGCACGACCCACCUACACUACAAAUGGAUCCCUGUGGAAGACAGCCACACGGCUGACAUUAGCUCCCACUUUCAAGAAGCAAUAGACUUUAUUGACUGUGUCAGGGAAAACGGAGGCAAGGUCCUGGUCCACUGUGAGGCUGGGAUCUCCCGCUCACCCACCAUCUGUAUGGCUUACCUCAUGAAAACCAAGCAGUUCCGCUUGAAGGAGGCCUUUGAGUACAUCAAGCAGAGGAGGAGCGUGAUCUCGCCCAACUUUGGCUUCAUGGGUCAGCUCCUGCAGUACGAAUCUGAGAUCCUGCCUUCGACGCCCACCCCACAGCCGCCCUCCUGCCAAGGGGAGGCCGCGGGCUCCUCGUUGCUAGGCCACUUGCAGACAUUGAGCCCCGAUGUGCAAGGAGCCUACUGCACAUUCCCUGCCUCCGUGCUGGCACCGGUGCCCACCCACUCGACGGUCUCAGAGCUCUGCAGGAGCCCUGUGGCCACAGCUACGUCCUGCUGAAACUGGGGUGGAGGAGCCAGCCCGGCCCCAAGUGCAACUGUGAUUUUGUUUCUUAAACUCGUGGACAUUUCAUACCUGUGCAAUACUGAAGGCCUCACUCUGUCCCACUGCCCCAGUGCAAUGGUGAGUGGUCACCAGGCUUGCAAAUGAACUUCAGACUGACCUCAGAGAUAGGUUCUCUGGACUGAAGGAAGGCCAAGCCAUUAGGAGAGCACAGGCGUGCUGACUACUGUACCUCCAGACCCCCACCCCUCUUGGGACUGCACAGUCCUCACACCUCAGAGUUCGCCUUUUCAUUUCAAGUGUAAGGCAAUAAAUCCUGCAGCAAUGUAGGAGACCAGGAGAAAAGGCGGUUCCGAAGCCAAUUUUGAAGGAAGCACAAUUCCCACCUUAUUUUUUGAAUCUUGGCAGUCUUCAGUGUCUGUCUCUGUUGCUCCAGGGCAUAAGCUGACCAUUAUCUAGUCAGGAAAGUCACCCUCCUAGGUUUGUAGGGACACGAGCUACAAGCUGAUUUGAACCCUAAAAAGUUUUUGAGAUUUCUUCUUGGGUCUGAUGGGGAGGCAGUUGGUUGAAGUAGCAAGACAUUGAUUUUCUAGGUUUCUUUUCCACUGUGGGUCUUCCCUGACCUUAGACUUUGGCAUUCUUAUUCAUACUUGAACCUGUCUCAUUGCACCUCUCCUCAAAGAAACUAUUUGAGAAGCAUUUUUCAGACCAUAGACUAUCUACUGGUGACAGUAGAUGCCAGGAGGAAAAGGGUACCGGCUAGGUAUUCUGGGUCAGUGAUGUCAGAAAUUGUCAGCUUACUGUCCUGUAUGAUCUGUGCUUGUGUCUCCUCUCGUGUGACAUUUGUUUUCUUCCCUGCCCCUGGGGGUUGUCUUUUAGCUUUUGACUUCUGAGAUUUGCAGAUUUUGCAGUGUGGUACUACUUUUUUGUCUGUAGGUUACGUCUCCAGGGGAAAAGGCAAUAAUUUUUUUA